AUGUCCGAUACAGUUGUAUUCGAAACAAGCUUAGGAGACAUACAGUUCGAACUGUACUUUGAUCAUGCGCCCAAGACAUGCAAAAACUUUGCAGAGCUCACUAGGCGUGGGUACUACAAUGGGGUCACAUUCCACCGAAUCGUCUCCGAUUUCAUGAUUCAAGGAGGAGAUCCGACGGGAACAGGACGCGGCGGAACGAGCAUCUACGGGCAAAAGUUUGAGGACGAAAUACAUCCGGAACUGAGGUUUACUGGUGCCGGAAUACUCGCCAUGGCGAAUUCAGGACCGAAUACUAAUGGUUCUCAGUUUUUCAUAACAUUAGGGCCCACUCCGUACUUGGAUAAUAAACAUACUAUCUUUGGAAGGGUUAGCUCCGGCAUGAGGGUAGUUCAACGUCUGGGGGCAGUAGCAGUUGAUGCGCAAGAUCGGCCACGAGAAGACGUGAAAAUUCACAAAGCCCGGGUCGUUUAA